UGACACACAGGAAAAAGUAGCUACUUAGCGAAAGUAAGCCGCAAAAUGUCAGUAAUUACAGCAUUAAUUGCGUUUACGCUUAGUGUAUAUUCAAGCAAUGCUCGGGAUCCGCAGUCUCCCUGGCAGAUGCCGCAGUAUCAGGCCGGUGGUUUAUCAUUCUCACCGGUUCUGAAGGAGUUUCCCCAGCAGCAGAGGGUUCCGUUUUCGCCGGAGUUGAGUCUGUUGAGCUCGUCUUUCUCCGGCUCUCAGCGCUGUGUGCUGGAGCAGUAUGAGCGCAUCGAGUGUGGAGAGCCUGGCAUCACUUCAGAUGAAUGUGAGCUUAUCAGCUGCUGUUAUGAUGCGCAGGGCUGUUACUAUGCCAAGGCAGUCACUCUGCAGUGCACGAGAGAUGGGCAGUUUGUAUUGGUGGUUGCUCGAGAUGCCACCAUGCCGCACAUCAGUUUAGACUCCAUCCACAUGCUGGAGAAUGACCCCAGUGACCUCUGCGCUCCUGUCGGCAGCACUGCCAGCUUUGCCAUCUAUCAGUUUACUGUCAGCUCCUGUGGCACCAGAAUGAAGGAAGAAAGUGGUUUUGUUAUUUAUGAGAACAUGAUGUCUUCCGCGUAUGAAGUGGGCGUUGGACCUCGUGGAUCAAUUACAAGAGACAGUUCUUAUGAGCUGAAGUUCCAGUGCAGGUAUUCGGGAUCAGCUGUAGAGGCUCUGGUGGUGGAGGUGAAUACAGUUCCUCCUCCUCCCCCUGUCUCUCAGAACGGUCCACUCCGAGUGGAGCUCAGGCUCGCCGAUGGACAGUGCAGCACUAAAGGAUGCUCUGAUGAGGAUAUGUACACCUCGUACUACUCGGAGGCAGACUACCCUGUUACUAAGGUUUUGAGAGAACCAGUGUAUGUGGAGGUGCGGAUUCUGGAGAGGACUGAUCCAAAUCUCAUCCUGGUCCUGGACCACUGCUGGACCACUUCAAAUCCUGAAUCCCUGAGCCUGCCUCAGUGGGACCUUGUGAUAAAUGGCUGUCCAUAUAAGGAAGACCAUCACCUGACCACAGUGCUUCCCGUUGCACAGUCAGGACUGCAGUACCCAUCUCAUUACAAACGCUUCGUUGUGAAGAUGUUCACCUUUGUAGAUCAGUCCUCACUUGCACCUCAGCAGGAAAGGAUUUUCGUUCACUGCACUACGUCUGUUUGCCACCCCUCCACCACUGAGUCAUGUGAGCCCAGCUGUGGCAGCAGGACAAGAAGGGCCAUUUCAGAAGACUUGAAGGAUUCUGAGGAAAAGGUUGUAGUUUCAAGUGGGGAGGUCAUACUUGUACCCCAUUUGCCAGUUUCUGAUAAUCUAGCAGAUAAAGAAGUCCCACAGAUAUUGGAUUAUGGAUUAUGGGCGGCAGGAGCUCUCACUGUGUUUGGUGUCUGUGGGCUUGUGGUGGCUGUUUUAAUUCAGCGGGCCAAACCUCGCCCUCAGCCCGCUCCAGUGUGACAUUUAAUAAAAUGCCAAAACAAUGUGGCCUCUUGUGAAAUCACUUGUAUAUCGAUCAGACAAA